AUGUUCCUCUCCUGGAAACGACGUAGCAAGGUUCCUUUCGACGUCGUUGCUUACGGAAGCAACGACGUAGUUGGCCAACCAUUCAAUGGCGGUCGUUGCCGGUGCAACGACGUGAAUGAUGAUCUUUGCAAGGAGAAUCUGCAGCUUGCCGAUGAAAAUCUACAAAAGGAACCUUGUAUUGUGGAACUCAGGAACCAGAAUAAAAUAAUUUGUACAACUGAGUUGGCUAUGGCUCAACAGAAACUGAAUGGGCUUGAGAAGCAGAAAGAGGAAAUGAUGAAGUUGAAUUCCCCACAAUACCUUCUCCAAUGGAUUCAAGAGGCUAUGAAUAAGACAGAAGUGGAAUAUGAAAAUCUGCAUCAGCAAGUCCUUCAGAGAGACAUUGACAUUGGAGCUUUUCUGCAGAAAUACAAACAGCUGCGUACUGCUUACCACAGGAAAAGUCUCGUACAUCUUGCAGCUAGAACAUCAAAUAUAUAGCUACA